AAGAAUCUAGGAGCAGCAGAGGAGAUCUCUAAUUUUAAUAGCCUAGCCUAGUCUACACAUCAGUAAAGGAGGAUAACACCACCAGCUGAUGCAGUGCUCUGCUCUUUUAAAACACUGUUGGAUGACUGAAUACUUGACUGUUUAAAAUCUGAGAAUCUCCUUCAGCAUUCCUGAUGGAGAGGUUAAAGUCAAACGGCGGGGAGCAUGUUAACCCCGCUUAUGAUUCCAAUCUGGAUGAACCUCCUAUCUAUGAGGAGGCCAACGGGGAUCACCGGACGGUCCGGCCCUCGGUGAUCAGUGCCUUUGGUCAUGACACUUUGGACCGACUGCCCAACAUUGACUUCUAUCGCAAUGCAGGCAGUGUGAGUGGUCACCGGGCUGUGCGACCCUCCCUGCAGGAGCUCCACGAGGUGUUUCAGAAGCAGAAUGGAGCAAUCUCUGUGCCAGACACUGUGGAGGACGAUGGUGAGGGGAGUGACGGGACCCCCUCUGAUGAUCUGGAGUCUGCUGUUCCCACUGACAAAGGAGCAGUAAAGUUUGGCUGGAUAAGGGGCGUCCUGGUGAGAUGCAUGUUGAACAUCUGGGGUGUCAUGCUGUUCAUCCGUCUGUCCUGGAUUUUUGGUCAGGCAGGCUGGGGUCUGGGAAUUGUGGUUAUUGCUCUCAGCUGUGUGGUCACCACCAUCACUGGCCUUUCCAUGUCUGCCAUUUGUACUAAUGGCGUGGUCAGAGGAGGAGGGGCCUACUACUUGAUAUCUCGAAGUUUGGGACCAGAGUUUGGCGGAUCGAUUGGCCUAAUUUUCGCCUUUGCCAAUGCAGUGGCUGUGGCCAUGUACGUGGUGGGAUUUGCUGAGACUGUGGUUGAGUUGCUCAAGGAGCACAACGCCAUCAUGGUGGAUGUCAUAAAUGACAUCAGAAUCGUUGGAUGUAUUACAGUGGUGCUGCUAUUGGCUAUAUCUGUUGCUGGAAUGGAAUGGGAAGCCAAGGCACAGAUUCUUCUGCUCAUUAUCCUCCUGGUGGCCAUAGUGAAUGUGUUUGUAGGAACAUUCAUUCCUGUAACCACUGAUAAGAAAUCCAAAGGCAUCUUCAAUUAUAACUCGAAAAUCUUCUUAGAGAACUUUCCUCCAGAUUUUCGAGAGGGCGAGUCAUUUUUCUCAGUGUUUGCCAUCUUUUUCCCUGCUGCAACUGGGAUCCUGGCUGGAGCCAACAUCUCUGGCGACUUGCGGGAUCCCCAGGCAGCCAUACCUAAAGGUACCUUGCUGGCCAUCUUGAUAACUGGUGUCACCUACCUGGGUGUGGCCCUCUGUGUCUCUGCCACUGUCGUCCGUGAUGCCACCGGAAACAUUACUGACAUUAUUUCAGCUGGAGUAGAAUGUACUGGUCCAGCAGCAGCCGCUUGUGAGCUCGGCUAUAAUUUCUCCUCCUGUGCAGUGGAAAAAUGUGACUUUGGCUUGAUUAACAACAAUCAGGUGAUGACCAUGGUGUCUGGGUUUGGUCCCCUAAUCAUUGCUGGAACAUUCUCAGCCACCCUUUCAUCAGCCCUGGCUUCCCUUGUCAGUGCACCCAAAGUCUUCCAGGCACUGUGUAAAGACAACAUUUACACGAUCCUGCACUUCUUUGCCAAGGGAUACGGCAAGAACAAUGAGCCAAUCCGUGGCUAUGUCCUCACAUUCAUUAUUUCUGUUGCCUUCAUUCUCAUUGGUGAUCUCAACAUGAUCGCUCCUAUCAUCUCAAACUUCUUCCUGGCAUCUUAUGCUCUCAUCAAUUUCUCCUGCUUCCAUGCCUCCUACGCCAAGUCUCCAGGUUGGAGACCAGGAUACAAAUACUACAACAUGUGGCUAUCCCUGUUGGGCGCAUUGCUCUGCUGUGUUGUUAUGUUUGUUAUCAACUGGUGGGCUGCUCUGCUCACAUAUGCCAUUGAGCUCCUCCUUUACAUUUAUGUCACAGUCAAGAAGCCAGAUGUAAACUGGGGUUCGUCAACGCAGGCGGUGACAUUUGUGAGCGCAGUCAGCAACGCUCUGUCUCUGUCUGGUGUAGAGGAUCACGUCAAGAACUUCAGGCCUCAGAUCUUAGCUCUGACAGGUUCAGCACGGGUCAGACCAGCUCUCCUAGACCUGGCUCACUCACUCUCUAAGAACUACGGACUCUGUCUCACCUGUGAAGUCUUUGUGGGCCCGAGAUCAGAGGCCCUGGAGGAGAUGAACGCUGGCAUGGAGAAGAACCAGCUGUGGCUUAGGAAGACCAAACGCAAGGCAUUUUACACUGCUGUGGCCUGUGAGGACUUCAGGGAAGGGACUGAGAGCCUGCUGCAGGCUUCUGGUCUUGGCCGUAUGAAGCCUAACACAUUAAUGAUAGGUUUCAAGAGAAACUGGAGGACUUCGAGCUCAGAGGCAGUGCAGAGUUAUGUGGGAAUACUGCAUGACGCCUUUGACUUUGAGUAUGGGACAGUGAUGCUGAGGAUGAACGAGGGACUUGAUGUGUCGCACAUUGUCGAGGCAGAAGAGGAGAUGUUGAAGGCAGCAAAGGAACAACAGGCACUGGACGGUGAGAUGAUGUCUAACGGAGGGAAAGCAAGAGGACUGUUCAGAAAGUCCAGGAAGUCCUCUCAGCAAGUGCUCACCACCAGAGUGUCAGUGUGCGGCCCUCCACCCCCACAGGUUGCCAAGAUGAAUGAGAGGCUGUUGGAGGCCAGUGCUCAGUUCAAGAAGAAACAGCCUAAAGGCACCAUUGAUGUGUGGUGGCUGUUUGACGACGGAGGUCUCACCCUGCUGCUCCCCUACAUCCUCACUACCAGGAAGAAGUGGAAAGACAGUAAAUUAAGGAUCUUCAUUGCAGGGCAGCCUGGACGCAGUGAGCUGGAUAAACAGGAGAUGAAGUCUCUGUUGCAGAAAUUCAGAAUUAACUGCACUGACAUCAAUGUCAUUGAUGACAUCCAUGUCCAACCCCGCUCUGACAGCUUGAAGAAGUUAGAGGACAUGAUUGAGCCUUACCGUCUGCAUGAAGACAGAGAUCAGGCAGAAGCCAUGAAGAAAGAACAGCCCUGGAAAAUCACUGAUGAAGAGCUGGGCAUCUUUGAGGAGAAGACCAACCUCCAGGUGCGACUGAACGAGCUGCUACAGGAAAACUCCAAAUCAGCCAAUCUGAUCAUUGUGAGCAUGCCCAUCGCUCGUAAGGAAUCCGUCUCUGAUUUCCUCUACAUGGCCUGGCUCGACGUUCUGACAAAAGACCUUCCACCCACCCUGCUCAUUAGAGGCAACCACAAGAGUGUGCUUACUUUCUACUCCUGAGCAUCUUACAGGCUAAACAUUAGAGUACAGGUAGCUAUAAAGGAAAUAAAUGGUAGUACUGUAAUGAUGGACCAUGUUCAUAAAGCGCACCAGAACGGAUGAAUGAUAUGUUAUAUAGCAACAGUUCUGAUGAGGGUAUGCAUACUCCAGGUGCCAAUAUAAGAAGAUAUAAGAAAUACCUAAAAACAAAAAAAACUAACUAAAAUACAGAAAUGUGGUCAUCUGGUGUAUUUGACAAAGGUAUAAUAAAAACUUAUUUUCAGUCACAGCUAAACCUUGUUAAUAUUUUACCAUGAACCUGUUUUUAUCACUUUGGUUGGUAUGCGCUGCUUCCUGGUAGCUUGUGGCAUGUUGUGAUCUGGCAAACAAACACUUGUACUGUGUGAGGUUGCAGCCAGCUUACCAGUAAAGGAACCUCACAUUGCACUAACUACAUUGUAUGGCUACCAGUGUAAACUGCUGUGCUGCAGUCAGAGUCAUCUAUGAAUGCUGUCAGUGAGGACAACAAGACUAGUCUAAAUAAAGAAAAUGCAUUUCUGACAUUGAAUCUGUCAAUGUCAGUCAGUCUAAAUGUGGCAAAGUUUAAGCUCUUGCUCAUAAUAAAGAAUAAAGUCAAAUCCCACGUCUUCCUGAUCAGUCCAGUGAACACAGGCAAAACUACACGGCUGCUUUCAAGGGUUACACUGAGUGACUGCCUUGCCGGAGCCUGUGAUUGUAAAAUAAAUGUAUAUAAUAGAUGUCUGAAUUCACUAGUGGAUAUUUUUUGAGUAAAACCCUUUCAUAGAUGAUUAACAGCAUCUGUUCUUUAAAACCAAGGUAGUAAUGGUUUGAUUCUUUUUUAAAUAUUCUUUGAUAUUUACUGAGUGUAAAAAUAGACUGCUACUAUAAAGCUGUUUACCUGUUCCACAUUAUACUGUUUAAAUAUUUCUAAUGUUACUAUCACAGUACACUUUCUGUUUAAGCAAAAUUGAGUUCAAAUGGAAGACUGUAAAGCCAAUUCGUCUGUAUAUGUCAGCCUAUUUUCUGUCUUUGUAUUUAAAUAUAUAAUUGUGAUUACCUGAAAUAAAGAAUUA